GUCAACACCAGACAAGCAACAUGUCUGACAACGAACGCCCACGCGAUCGUAAUCGCGAACGAGACAGUCGCCGAGAGCAACGGGAAGGUCGCGAUCAGGGCGGCGCACCCAGCGAGCGGCGCAACCGCUCACGCAGCCCACGGCGAGACCGCGGAGGUGGAGGUGGAGGAGGAGCCGGUGCCCGACGCGACAACCGCUACCGCUCACGCUCGCCUUUCAAGCGAGAAGAACGAGGAGGUCGAGGACGAGGCGGCGAGCGGGAUAGCGAUGAGCGAACACGCAGCGGUCCUGUGCCCCCCAAAGGCCCGCGCAACGGCCCCGGACCUCGACGCGCCGACUUUCCUCCCAAGCCUGUUAGAGUCGCUUCGCCACCCGUGGAGACACCAGAUAUCGAGAUGACGGAGGACAAGCAGAAGCCAGAGGACAUGGACGAUGACGAGUGGGCCAUGAUGCAGACCAUGGGCUUCAGUGGCUUCAAGAGCACCAAGAACACGAAGGUGCCGGGGAAUGACAAAAACUUCGGUAUAAGGCGGGAUAAGACUAUGGAGGCGAGACAGUACAUGAACCGACAGGGCGGGUUCAACAGGCCACUUUCGCCAGGCCGAGGAUGAGGAGGGGCAGGUUUUGGUUCUGUCAAGGUCGGAUCCUCUGGACAUUUCAUUUUCCGUGUCGGGCUUUGAGGUUUAUGUGCAGCUCGCAAUGAGGAGGGCACAUGUGUACCUGAUGCGACCUGGUACGGACGAAGCCGCACGCGCUGAGGUUCUUUUGGCCUACGAGACAUCUGCGCUGGGGUCCACUGGGACCUACAUCUGUAAGGGACAUAGUCAUGGUACGGCACCCUUCCAUUCUUCAAUUACCUGGUGUGUUCGUCGGUCUGACUGGAAUUUCAAGGAGAUGGGAAAUGGGAAGAAGUGGUUACUCAAGGCGUAUGGCGAAGCGACAAUCGAACCUAGUGUUUACUUUAUUCUCUUCAAAAAGUCUUAAACGCAAAUUUUAUG